AUGUUCUCCCGCAGGAGCAGGUUUCUUUCGUUCCCUUUGGUGAUUGGAGCAGUAAUGGGAUACACGAAAUUUAUAUCCAUGAGAGAAGAAAGGGACAACGCGGAAAUGGAAAACAACAGGGAAGGAAUUCCCCAGGAACAUGAACCAACCAGCGUUGGAGUUGUUUCUGGGAAGGCAAUAUUUGGCCAACCACUUGAUGAGUACUGGAAAAAGAAGCUUCAAGAAGAGGCAGCAACUGCUGCUGCUGCUGCUAAAGAGACCAACGAAAACUCGAGCAGUGAAUAA